CUUCGCAGCAGCUGGAGCCUCCCCCGCCCGCUCGGGGCCCCGCGGGGUGGAGCCGCCGUCAGCGCUUCCGCCUGGCAGCGUCGCCCGCAGCCUGCUCGGGGCAGCCCGGACCCGGGCUAUGCAGCGCCCAAAGACCCAAGCCAGCACUACAGAAACGUUUGAAACUCAGGCAGGCCGAGGUGGGCGCCGUGGCGCCAGGCGGCACCAUGGAGAUGGGCGCCGCGGCGAUGGGGGCGCUGGACGAGUUCGCAGUCCCCGAGGAGGCCCAGGCAGCUGUCACAGAGCAGUGGCCCCGCAUCGAGCGGCUCUUCGGCGUGGAGCUCAACGUGCUGGGGGUGCUGGACGCCAGGCAGGCCCCCCCCUGCGCCCCCAUGAGCGCCAGGCAGAGCUGGCUGCAGCUGCAGGGCCCCCAGCAGGACCUGCAGAGAGCAAAGGAGUAUAUCAAGGGGCUCUGCAGCCCGGAGUUGAGCGAGAAAGUCUGCUACCCUAAGGACAUGCAGUGCGUCUUUGUGGGAGCUCAAGGUCUCUUCCUGGACUGUCUCACUAAGGGGACCUCUGCCAACCUGGUCCUGCUCAGCCCCGGCUCCCUGCUGGUCUCAGGCCUAGCCGAAGCCUUUGUGAUGGCCCAGAGCCGCAUCCAGGAGUUCGUGGAGAAAUACCAGAAGGCACCACGGCUGCCGGAGGAGCAGGAGGCUCUGGUGAAGAAGGCCUUCCGGGAGCUGGUGGAGUCCCACGAUGACAAGCAUGCCAUAGACCUUCUUAUCCUGCCCACCCCACUCAAGGAGGAGCUGCUCAGCCUAGUGCGGGACAUCCAGGAGGAAGUCGGGGAAUGGACACCAAGAAAUAGAGCAUGGGUGCCACCAGGUAUCAAUCGGGACCAGCUGCAAUGGUGGGAAGUGAAAGCGACAGGUGGGGCUAGGCACCAGGGCUUCUUUGACCUCAGUAGACCUCCAGACCAGACCAGGCAUCAGGGCUCCAGGUCUGGCAUCCCAGGCUGUCCUCAGGACCAGGAGAAGCUGGCGGAGGAGGCCUCCGAGAGGCCAGUGCUUUACAAGAGGUCAUCGAAACCCGUCCCAGGUUUGGACGGCAGCCAGCAGGCUCAAGAAGACUUGAUGUUCCCCGGCACCCAGGACUGGAUGAGAGACGUGGAGGAAAGGGGGCCGGAGGAGAGCAGCCAGGAGGAGGAGGAGGAACAGUCGGCUGGGGCCCUGUCAUCAUCAUGGACGGAGAAGGAGUUCAAGAUCAUGCUGAACUUCUUCAAGACCAUGGGCUACGAGGAGCGGGUGGUGAAGAAGGUGCUAUUGGAAUGUGGUGUGCGGGAAGCCCCCUCAAAAAUCCUGGACAGGGUCCAGAUGGAACAGGCCUCCUCCUCCCAGCAGGGGCAUGACCCUGCGCCCUUUCAGGAGUCCGGGGCAAGGGAGACGUCUUCUCCUCCUCCUCCGCCCCCAGAGACGACCCAAGAUGAACACGAAUACCUGCUGGAGGUCAUCAAGUCAGCAGCGGCCAACUGUGGCCACUCACCCAGCGAGAUCCCGGCUGAGAUCUGGACAGGGGCCCCCUUGGCCGGCCUACUGAGAAGGCUCAAUGAGAAAGCCAACCACCAAGAGGAGGCUGGGGUUAAAACUAGGCUGGAGGAUAAAGGCAGCUGCAGAGAUGGAGAGCCGGCCCUCUUGAAUGGCAAGGAGUAUCCCCAGGGUCAACAUCACUGUGAGCCGGGGAGGAAAGGAGGGUCUCCUGUCCACAGAGGAGUCCGUGGCCCACCUCCCCUCCCAGAAGGCUCUGAUUUCCCCAUGGAUGUGACCCCUGUAGCUUCCCCUGCAUGGGCUGCCGAGGAGAGCCAGCCAGCUGAGGAUAUGUACCCAGUGCCAGCAGGCCCAGUGCCAAUGGUGACCGGAGCCCAGCGGUUUAAGGAAGCCAUCCGGACACCCUUCAAGCUCAUCUUGGCCAACACGCCAGGGAAAAAGAACUUAAGGAGGGUCAUUAUCGAUGGCAGCAAUGUAGCCAUGGUGCACGGCUUACACCAGUUCUUCUCCUGCCGGGGCAUCGCUCUGGCUGUGCAGUAUUUCUGGGACCGUGGGCACCGGGAGGUGACGGUCUUCGUGCCACAGUGGAGGAUGGAGAAGGUUGCUAGGGUGGAAGAGAGACAUUUCCUGACCCAGCUGCAGGACCUGAGCUUGCUGUCACUGACGCCCUCACGCCAAGUGGCUGGGAAGCGCAUCACAUCCUACGAUGACAGGUUCAUGCUCAGGCUGGCAGAGGAGACGAACGGCGUCAUCGUCACGAAUGACCAGCUCCGGGACCUCAUGCAGGAGUCCAAGAAAUGGACCAGAAUCAUCAAAGAGAGACUGCUGCAGUUCACCUUCGUGGGGAACAUCUUCAUGGUUCCAGAUGACCCGCUGGGCCGAGAGGGUCCCACCUUGGAUGAAUUCCUGCAGAAACCCCUCAGGCAGAAGCCUCCCACUUGCCACUCCUUUGCGGGGCAUGGGGCUCCCUUUCCCGCCCCCAGCCGGCCAGCCUCCCAGACAGAGGUGCUGCAGCUGCGGGACAGGAAGCCCCCCGGGGAGCGGCGGCAGAGGAGACAGCUGCAGGAGGAAAAGGGAGAGGAGGCGGAGGUGGUACGGAAGCCGCGGGAGACUGAGCGGCUUCGGCAGGAGCUCUUGACGAUCUUCACGGGUCAGGACCAGAAGGUGGACUUCGUCCUGCACAGAGAGCCCUGUAGCCGGGAUCUGAACAAGCUCUCUGAAAACCUGCUGAGCCUCAACUUCUGAGACGCCCACGUCAGCCAUUGCUGACCCCCUGGGGUCUACCCUCAUCCUCCCACCAGCAGGGAUUGCACCCACCAAAAUCCCAGAUGAACUUCAUUAGCAGCAGUAAGCUAUUAACCUCCUACCUGGACUAGCUCUUUACGUGACAACCUCCCAUGGUGCAUCAUGAACAAGGGACUGAACCAAUGACCUUCAGGACCAAAAUCAUGGACUUUGCCCCACGUAACUCCACUGGGUGGUAGCAGUAGGAAGCUGUUAUCCUCUCAUGUAAACAAGCUCCCCCCCAAGUUAUCAGCAGGGCUUGAACCCACAGCUGUCAGUGCUAAUAAUCAUUGAACACAGCCAACUGAGCUGCAGGAGUAAGCCCAUUAGCUGGUAGCAGUAGCAGGUUGUUAUCCUGUGUGAACCAUCAUGUUAUAUAGCAGCUGGGUCACCAGCUGGGAUUGAAGCCACAACCUUAAGAGCCAACAUCACAGAUGGAGCUGCUGGAGUAACUCUCAUUGUUUAGUAGCAGUAGUAGGUUGUUAUCCUGUUCUGCGGACCACACAUGUUGCAGGUGGGUUCCCCACUACGUCUCUCUCUACUCAUCCCUCUGAAGUUGGGCCUGGCAUCUGAUCCAGGUGCCUCACAGUUAGGACUUCAGCAAAUGCUGAAGGACCAUUUAUAGCUCAUCUAGGGUGCCUUCUCAGAGAGAGACAUCCAGCAGCCCUUCUCUGGCCUGGGGAGAGAGAUUGCUGCACCUGUGGGAGAACCCACCCGAACUUGCCUCAUCAACCGUCAUGGAGAAGGGACAGACCAUGGCGUAUUUAUUUUGGAAAACUGACCGCUAUACCUGGAAGGUACGACCGAAGCCACCCAUGGGAGAAGCAUUGGCUGGUCCUUUUCCAAGCCAACUGUCUGUGGUGGCAAUGGCUGCUUGAAGUUCACAGGACAACCAGGCAACGGUCUCCAAACCCAGCCAAGCUGGAGGCUCAGAGCCAGGCAGAUGGAAUGCAAGCAGGCAUGGUCUUCUUCAUCCUUCGUUGCAGUUGAUGGACAAGGGGGAAGAGGGUGUCGGUGAGGAAAGAAAGAUUGGAGGAGCCCAAGGUUGGGUCCAUACUUCUCCACCCCACUUCUCCUCCUCUCACCUUGGCUUCUGCCCCCUCAGACCCAGCGGGCAUGUCACUUCCCCACCCAGAAUCCGUUCCACUGUGCCAGCCCAAGGAGCUCUACAAGGCUACUUCCAGCCAUCAUAGGAUGCUGGCAAUCAUGUCCUCUUGCUGCUGUAUGGAGAUGUCCUAUUCCAGGGGCCGGCAGGAAGUCCAUGGCUCUGGCCUUCCCCUCUGGUCUGUGCUGUAAACCCACGACACAUGGAUGCUUCUCCAAGUCACCCUACACCCUAGAUAUACCUCUGCCUGGCUCCGGUGUCAAUGAAGCAGAAUCUGUUCUGAGUGCCUCCAAGCGAUGGGUGCGUUGUGGACCUUAAAGCAUGAGUCAUAGAAUCACAGAAUCAUAGAAUAUCAGGGUUGGAAGGGACCUCAGGUGGUCAUCUAGUCCAACCCCCUGCUCAAAGCAGGACCAAUCCCCAAUUAAAUCAUCCCAGCCAGGGCUUUGUCAAGCCUGACCUUAAAAACUUCUAAGGAAGGAGAUUCUACCACCUCCCUAGGUAACGCAUUCCAGUGUUUCACCACCCUCCUAGUGAAAAAGUUUUUCCUAAUAUCCAACCUAAACCUCCCCCACUGCAACUUGAGACCAUUACUCCUUGUCCUGUCCUCUUCUACCACUGAGAAUAGUCUAGAACCAUCCUCUCUGGAACCACCUCUCAGGUAGUUGAAAGCAGCUAUCAAAUCCCCCCUCAUUCUUCUCUUCUGCAGACUAAACAAUCCCAGUUCCCUCAGCCUCUCCUCAUAAGUCAUGUGUUCCAGACCCCUAAUCAUUUUUGUUGCCCUUCGCUGGACUCUCUCCAAUUUAUCCACAUCCUUCUUGUAGUGUGGGGCCCAAAACUGGACACAGUACUCCAGAUGAGGCCUCACCAAUGUCGAAUAGAGGGGAACGAUCACGUCCCUCGAUCUGCUCGCUAUGCCCCUACUUAUACAUCCCAAAAUGCCAUUGGCCUUCUUGGCAACAAGGGCACACUGCUGACUCAUAUCCAGCUUCUCGUCCACUGUCACCCCUAGGUCCUUUUCUGCAGAACUGCUGCCUAGCCAUUCGGUCCCUAGUCUGUAGCUGUGCAUUGGGUUCUUCCGUCCUAAGUGCAGGACCCUGACCUUAUCCUUAUUGAACCUCAUCAGAUUUCUUUUGGCCCAAUCCUCCAAUUUGUCUAGGUCCCUCUGUAUCGUAUCCCUGCCCUCCAGCAUAUCUACCACUCCUCCCAGUUUAGUACCAUCCGCAAAUUUGCUGAGAGUGUAAUCCACACCAUCCUCCAGAUCAUUUAUGAAGAUAUUGAACAAAACCGGCCCCAGGACCGACCCCUGGGGCACUCCACUUGACACCGGCUGCCAACUAGACAUGGAGCCAUUGAUCACUACCCGUUGAGCCCGACAAUCUAGCCAACUUUCUACCCACCUUAUAGUGCAUUCAUCCAGCCCAUACUUCUUUAACUUGCUGACAAGAAUACUGUGGGAGACCGUGUUGAAAGCUUUGCUAAAGUCAAGAAACAAUACAUCCACUGCUUUCCCUUCAUCCACAGAACCAGUAAUCUCAUCAUAGAAGGCGAUUAGAUUAGUCAGGCAUGACCUUCCCUUGGUGAAUCCAUGCUGACUGUUCCUGAUCACUUUCCUCUCAUGUAAGUGCUUCAGGAUUGAUUCUUUGAGGACCUGCUCCAUGAUUUUUCCAGGGACUGAGGUGAGGCUGACUGGCCUGUAGUUCCCAGGAUCCUCCUUCUUCCCUUUUUUAAAGAUGGGCACUACAUUAGCCUUUUUCCAGUCAUCUGGGACUUUCCCCGUUCGCCACAAGUUUUCAAAGAUAAUGGCCAAUGGCUCUGCAAUCACAGCCGCCAAUUCCUUUAGCACUCUCGGAUGCAACUCGUCCGGCCCCAUGGACUUGUGCAUGUCCAGCUUUUCUAAAUAGUCCCUAACCACCUCUUUCUCCACAGAGGGCUGGCCAUCUAUUCCCCAUGUUGUUAUGCCCAACGCAGCAGUCUGGGAGCUGACCUUGUUAGUGAAAACAGAGGCAAAAAAAGCAUUGAGUACAUUAGCUUUUUCCACAUCCUCUGUCACUAGGUUGCCUCCCUCAUUCAUUAAGGGGCCCACACUUUCCUUGGCUUUCUUCUUGUUGCCAACAUACCUGAAGAAACCCUUCUUGUUACUCUUGACAUCUCUCGCUAGCUGCAGCUCCAGGUGCGAUUUGGCCCUCCUGAUUUCAUUCCUACAUGCCCGAGCAAUAUUUUUAUACUCUUCCCUGGUCAUAUGUCCAACCUUCCACUUCUUGUAAGCUUCUUUUUUAUGUUUAAGAUCUGCUAGGAUUUCACCGUUAAGCCAAGCUGGUCGCCUGCCAUAUUUACUAUUCUUUCGACACAUCGGGAUGGUUUGUCCCUGUAACCUCAACAGGGAUUCCUUGAAAUACAGCCAGCUCUCCUGGACUCCUUUCCCCUUCAUGUUAGUCCCCCAGGGGAUCCUACCCAUCCGUUCCCUGAGGGAGUCGAAGUCUGCUUUCCUGAAGUCCAGGGUCCGUAUCCUGCUGCUUACCUUUCUUCCCUGUGUCAGGAUCCUGAACUCAACCAACUCAUGGUCACUGCCUCCCAGAUUCCCAUCCACUUUUGCUUCCCCUACUAAUUCUUCCCGGUUUGUGAGCAGCAGGUCAAGAAAAGCUCCCCCCCAGUUGGCUCCUCUAGCACUUGCACCAAGAAAUUGUCCCCUACGCUUUCCAAAAACUUCCUGGAUUGUCUAUGCACCGCUGUAUUGCUCUCCCAGCAGAUAUCAGGAAAAUUAAAGUCACCCAUGAGAACCAGGGCGUGCGAUCUAGUAGCUUCUACGAGCUGCCGGAAGAAAGCCUCAUCCACCUCAUCCCCCUGGUCUGGUGGUCUAUAGCAGACUCCCACCACUACAUCACUCUUGUUGCUCACACUUCUAAACUUAAUCCAGAGACACUCAGGUUUUUCUGCAGUUUCGUACCGGAGCUCUGAGCAGUCAUACUGCUCCCUUACAUACAGUGCUACUCCCCGACCUUUUCUGCCCUGCCUGUCCUUCCUGAACAGUUUAUAACCAUCCAUGACAGUACUCCAGUCAUGUGAGUUAUCCCACCAAGUCUCUGUUAUUCCAAUCACGUCAUAAUUCCUUGACAUCACCAGGACCUCCAGUUCUCCCUGCUUGUUUCCAAGGCUUUGUGCAUUCGUAUAUAAGCACUUGAGAUAACCUGCUGAUCGCCUCUCAUUCUCAGUAUGAGGCAGGAGCCCUCCCCUCACAGACAUUCCUACCUGUGCUUCCUCACGGUAUCCCGCUUUCCCACUUACCUCAGGGCUUUGGUCUCCUUCCCCCGGUGAACCUCGUUUAAAGCCCUCCUCACUAGGUUAGCCAGCUUGCUCGCAAAGAUGCUCUUCCCUCUCUUUGUAAGGUGGAGCCCGUCUCUGCCCAGCACUCCUCCUUCAUGGAACACCAUCCCAUGGUCAAAGAAUCCAAAGCCUUCUCUCCGACACCACCUGCGUAGCCAUUCGUUGACUUCCACGAUUCAACGAUCUCUACCCAGGCCUUUUCCUUCCACGGGGAGGAUGGACGAGAACACCACUUGCGCCUCAAACUCCUUUAUCCUUCUUCCCAGAGCCACGUAGUACGCAGUGAUCUGCUCAAGGUCAUUCUUGGCAGUAUCAUUGGUGCCCACGUGGAGAAGAAGGAAGGGGUAGCGAUCUGAGGGCUUGAUGAGUCUCGGCAGUCUCUCCGUCACAUUGCGAAUCUUAGCCCCCCGGCAAGCAGCAGACUUCACGGUCUGCUGGUUUGAGUCGCUAUGGCCUGAGCUCAAAGACGCCCUGGCUGUAGGAGGUUCAACAUCCACUUGCUAGAGCUUCUCUGCAAGCUUUGGCUACCGUGCUUCCUCCUUGCUCGCCUGUCUCCUUCUGACCUCGGUCAGCUCCAGCCUUCUUCUGUCUUCUACCUCUUGCCCUCAGCCAGGCCAAAAAUCUCGCUCAAGAGAGAGUCCCCUUCUUUGCUCUACCCAUCUUUUCUGGAGUCCCAGUUCCCUCAGCUCCAUGCGUGGAGAUGAUCUGACCCGCUUGGCACAUCCUUCAUUUUCCUGAAAUCCAAUGGCACUCUUCCAGCCAUGUCUCCUGCAUUCCCGUCCCCUAAGCCUUGUGUUCUCCAUCUUUCUUGUCUUGUCUCUAUCCCACCAAAGCUGAGGGCACGGCGGGUCAUUACCCAGCCUUAUCGACCUUUAUGCAUUCAGUGGCUAUUUAUGUAAAUAUGUUUUUUGAUAAUGAUGAUAAAUAAAUGGCAGGGCCCGUCUGAUAAAACUGCAUUUUUGUCACCCCAAAAUUCAGAGACUCCAAGAGGUAGUGGGAUAGAAUUCAGGAUAACCACUGCUUAUCGCUCCCCUCCCAGAGCUGGGGAUAGAAUCCAGGAGUCCUGA